AUGUUUCAGUUUAGUUGAAAAGUGCUUAUGUAAUUUAGUCCGACGCUAGAUCGUUCAAAAUGUGUUACUUUCUCAAAAUGAGAGAAAACUUUAAAACGGUUGAAGCAAGCAUCCGAAACUCAGCCAUGCACGGUUAAUGAAUUACUGAAUAUUUUCGUCGUACGCAUCACUAAUUGAUUGAUCUUAAUGAGGUACUCGUACUUAUUAACACCCGUUCCACUCGCUCUGCUUUCUAAUGGGUCUGCGAUUUUUCGGGUAGUCGGCCCCGAAUCUGCUUGAGUGUCUCGUUGCGCCCUUUUUUUUUUGUUCGUAUUUUCUGACUUUCUAUGAAUUUAUUCUUUACAAAAUGAGAAAAAUGGGAAAGUCGGGCCAACUGCUAUGGAUUAAAUUAUUUAUUUGCUUCCUAAACUCCUUAUUUUGGAUUUCAGGGAUUGUGCUCAUGUGCGUGGGGGGCUCUGUGCAGCUCAACUUCUACGAUGUGUCUGUGGUCGUCAAAGAAAUCUCCUCUGGUGCACCUGUUGUACUCUUUGCCUCCGGCAUCCUCAUUUUCUUCCUGUCCCUUUUUGGAUGCAUGGCUAUUUUGUUGGAGAGUAAAAUCAUGAUCCAGCUGUUUACAGUUUUGAUGUUCAUAAUGUUUUUCAUGGAAGUUGGCGUUGGAAUCUCUGCCUAUGUUUACAGAGGUCUGGUGCAUAACACUGUUGUGAAUUUGUUCCUGAAAACAAUGCAGAAGUAUUCCACUGAGCCUGAAAUAAAAUCAUCCAUGGACCAUUUGCAAGAGAUGUUGGACUGUUGUGGUGCCACAGACUUCACUGAUUGGUUUAACACAUCACUUGUCAACGUUGUUCCAGACAGUUGCUGCGUUGAAAUGAAACACAACUGUGGAUUUGAUGUUGAAGUUAGUGGUGAAAAAAACAUAAAUAUGCAAGGGUGUGUGGUUAAACUGCAGAACUGGAUUCAAGACCACCACCUCCUGAUUGGUGGAGUUGGAGUGGGGCUUGGCAUCACACAUAUUGUUGGAAUGACUGUUUGCUGUAUUUUGCUGCAUCAGCUGAAAGAAGAAUAUGAAGGCAUGCGCUAAGGGCGGUGGAGAUGCUGUCUCUCAUCUGAACACGGACACGUCCAUAGAUCUUCCCAUUGCUUACAAACUGACUACAAAGCAGACUUUUUUUUUUUUUUGUCCCUCCAUAUAAAUUGGUUUCCCUUGGACAGUUUCUAAAGGGUCUUUUAUAAAACAUAAAUGAAGUGACCAGAUUCGGCUCCCAAGUGUGGCACUUAGCUGUGUAAUGGCAUUGUCUUUUAGAAGAUUUGUUUUUCUUUAAUCACUUUACAGAGUGUGGCUUAAAGGAGAUUUUUCACUUUUCUUUAGCCCAAAUGUAGCUGACUGGCCGUUUUUUCUCUUUUAUUUUAAAACUCUUCUUUUAACGCUUAGCUGUGCCCUCCUCUUGAUGAUCCUGUGACCCAUAUCCUGGCCUGUGCUGAUGGAGGAAGCUGAAAUUCCAUCAUUAUCUCUGCAAGAAAUGAGCUGGUGGGGCGGGGGGGACCCAUUUUUAGUGUUCCUUGAAUCCGCACCAGGCCAAAUGCAGACGCUCGGGCGUGUUUGUGGUCCAUUCUGCUGUUUCAAUCUCCAAAUUUGGAAAUCUGGAGAAGCAAAAAAAAAAAAAAAACGGCAGUGGAGCAAAUCUUGAGCACUUGGGUCAUGCGUCUUCAAAUAAUCUGGCCAUAUUGAGUAAAAUAAAAGAUAAACCCUUAAUGUUUUCAAUUGCUAUGCUGGAAAUCCUGUUUCCUGUGUCAAGCUGUUAUUGUUGAACCAGUCUGUCCAUUUUUUUUUUUUUUUUUCUUUUAUUAAGUCUGCUCUAUCCCGAAGUUAUAAACAUCUUUCCAGUCCAAUAAAGCUGUGAGUGCGAUUUCUAUUUUGUCUCUCCUCCUUUGCUGACCCUGCAGCCCACCUCGGUCCUCCCUGAGGUU